AUGCGCAGAGUGCCUCUGACUCAGCAAAUUGGCAAAUCCUUGGGACUCAAUGGUUUACCAGUCUUAGGCCCGUUGGAGAGCUCCAAGCUAUGGAUAGCUUUGUUUCAAAAAUGGUGGAUGGCAUCAUGGGUGAAAACUUUGGUGUCAUUUGAAGAUGUGGCCAUGACCUUCACCGGGGAGGAAUGGCAUCUAGAUCUGUCUCAGAGAAUGUUGUACUGAGAGGUUAUGCUGGAGACCUGCAGCCUUCUGCUCUCACUGGGACAUCAUGUUCCUGAGCCAGAGAUGAUCCACCUCCUGAAGCAUGAGCAAGGAGCAUGGGCAGUGAAGAGAGUCUUCUCCCAAGGCACCUGUGCAGGUAGGUGACUGAGAGCUGGCCCUGGGGCACAAGGAGUCACUGUAGCCCAGCUUGCUUUCUCUGAGGAAUCCUCUUUCCAAGAACAACUGGCGCAGAGAGCCUCAGGAAAUUCUAGUUUGGGGCAGGCCAAGGAUGAAGAAAACCACCCAGAAGUGCAGGAUGGGAAUGCCAGGCCAACAACAGACCCUGUCAAGAAGGCAUGCCCUGAGAAGUUGAGUCAUAAACAGGUUGGUUUGGAGCUGAAUGAUAGUCUGUGUUUAAGAGUCUUACAGGAGCAAGACUCUCCACAGGGUGCUGUCCAUCUACCUGAUUUCCAUGGACAAGGGGAAGAUCAUGUGAUUGAGGCAAGGAACAGUGCUUAUCAGUGUGGAAAAGUGUUUACACAGAACUGGUCAUUAGUGUGGCAUCAGCAGAAUCAUGCUGGUGUCAGGCCCUGUGAGUGCAGCGAACAUAGGAAAACCUGUCAUCAUAUGGCUGACUCUAUUCAGCAUAUGAUGGUUCAUUCUGGUGAGAAAUGGUUCAAGUGCAUUCAGUGAGGGAAGACCGUCAAACGUAGUUCUCACCUCACUGAACACCAGCGUAUUCACACUGGAGACAAGCCCUAUGAAUGCAAAGAAUGUGGGAAAACUUUCUCCCGUCACUCUACUUUCAUCCAGCACAAGAUGACCUCUACCAAAAAGCCUUUUCUAUGCAAAGAAUGUGGGAAGGCUUUUUACUACAGUUCUUCAUUUGCUCAACACAUGAGGAUUCAUACUGGAAGAAGCUGACACAUAAUGGGGAGAAACUUUGCAUAUGAGUGCAAGGAAUGUGGCAAAGCUUUCACUCACCACUCCACUUUUCUCCACCAUCGUAUGACCCACAGAGGAGAAAAGCCUUUUCUGUGCAAAGAAUGUGGGAAAGGUUUCUGUGAUAAUUCAUCCUUCACUCAGCACAUGAGAAUCCACACUGGUGAGAAACCAUAUGAGUGCAGUGUGUGUGGAAUGGCCUUCACUCAGCGCUCCACCUUUAUCAGGCAUAAGAGAACCCAUACUGGAGAGAAGCCUUUUGAGUGCAAGGAAUGUGGGAGGGCCUUUUGUGAUACCUCUUCUUUAAUUCAACACAUGAGGCUUCACACUGGUGAGAAGCCCUAUGAGUGUGAUGAAUGUGGAAAGGCCUUUACACACUAUUCUGUUUUCAUCUGACAUACUGGGACCCACAGUGGAGUAAAACCCUUGCAAUGUGAAGAAUGUACAAAAGCCUUUUACUACAGCUCUUCCUACAUUCGACACAUGAGGAUUCACACUGGAGAGAAGCCCUAUGUUUGCAGAGAAAGUGGAAAGGCCUUUACCCAACCUGCAAACUUUCUUCAGCAUAGUAAGAUCCACAUUGGAGAAAAACCAUUUGAGUGCACAGUUUGUGAGGCUUUUUAUGAUACCUUUGCAUUAAUUAGACACAUGAGAACUCACACUGCUGAGAGACCCUAUGGAUGUAAUGAGUGUAGAAAAGCCUUUACUCGAAAAUCACAGCUUAUUGCACAUCAGAAAGCUCACACUGAUCAAAACGCUUAUAUGUACGAGGACUGUGGGAAAGCUUUUAUGCAUGGCUCACAUCAAGUUGCCAUCAGAAAAUUCAUACUAUUGAUAAAAUGA